CAAAAGCAUAAAUAGAAGCAGCAGUAUAAAGAACCUAGAGCCCCUCACAGCAGACAGACGGCUGUGUUGGGUUUCAAGUUUCACUUGGUGAUUGACUACAAAUAGCAGCGACGAAGAAGAAAACCGGAAGUGUAAUUUUUCCUCCUGCUGGCGAUAGCGUAAGCUACAUUGGUGUCAUCGUCUUAUCGGAUUGGGGUUGGCAACGGAAACAACAGCCUUACUUCGUGUCCAGCCACGAAUACAUAUUUUCGCUGGGGUUUCUGGAGAGAUGAACAACAACGGGAACAAAAGAGCUCCAACUACAGCCACUCAGAGACUUAAGCAGGAUUACCUCAGGAUUAAGAAAGACCCCGUGCCUUACAUUUGUGCAGAACCCCUUCCCUCCAACAUCCUCGAAUGGCACUAUGUAGUCAGAGGCCCUGAGAAAACACCAUAUGAAGGUGGCUAUUACCAUGGAAAACUUAUAUUUCCCAGAGAAUUUCCUUUUAAACCACCAAGCAUCUAUAUGAUAACACCUAAUGGGAGAUUUAAAUGUAACACAAGGUUAUGUUUAUCCAUCACAGACUUCCACCCGGAUACGUGGAACCCUGCGUGGUCUGUGUCGACGAUUCUCACAGGUUUGCUCAGCUUCAUGGUGGAAAAAGGACCCACUCUUGGCAGCAUUGAGACCUCUGAUUACACGAAAAGACAGCUGUCAGCCCAAAGCCUGGCCUUCAACCUCAAAGACAAAGUAUUCUGUGAGCUGUUUCCUGAUGUAGUUGAUGAGAUGAAGCAGAAGCAGAAGGUCCAGGAAGAGCUAAAUGCCCGUACACAGCCCCUCCCCUUACCCGAUGUGGUGCCUGAUGGUGACCCUCAACAAGCCCACUAUGGCCUCCCAGCCCUAAAUGGAGGUCCUGCCCCGCUAGGGGGUGCCAACCCUGCCCCCGGCCAGCAGCAGGCCAAUCGUAACCAUGGACUACUAGGUGGGGCUCUAGCCAACCUGUUUGUGAUUGUAGGCUUUGCAGCAUUUGCCUACACAGUCAAGUACGUGCUGAGGAGCAUAGCGCAGGAGUGAGGGGAGCUGGUGUUUUAGGGCAGUGCUCCCCCCUGCAGGUGAGCCAACUAGUGGACUCAACAUUCUACAAACACACUACGUGGGGGGAGGGAUGCUCAGUCCCGAUCAAACCCCUACACCACUACCACCACUACCACUACCACCAUGGACUUUGGAAGACAAAAACUCAAAGUCCACCAAGCCAGGAAGGACUUAGAGGAGGAGGUGGGGGAUGGAGGGGAGUGGCUGUAGGACCGGGGGACUGGAGGGGUUUAUUAAAAUGGUUGUGAUCUACUCUGUGCUUCUGUGGUUUAUAUCACUUCUAGGAACAAAUUUGGCUCAUGGGUUGUGGGGGAGUGUAGCUCUGUGGGGCAUUCACAGCAGAAGUAAAACGCUCCACUGUCUUUUUUUGACAUAAUGAACAUUAAGUUACUGGAAAGUGUUCUUAUUUGUCAAAGGAUUGUCUCUGCCAAUCACUUCUAUAGAAAGCAUUCCUGUCUGCAUCCUUUCCUCGUUAGAGCAUAGCAACUCCUCAGGGCAUGAUGACAACUUGGUGCAGACUUUUCAAGAGAUAGAUGAAGAAUCUAAAUGAUCACAUGUAUUGAUCACUAUUCAUCCUCAUUUGAACAAGUCAGGUUUCGUUUAAUCCAUAGCCACGGAAAAGCCUCAGGUCAUUAGAUAAUGUCCUCCAGUUUCUGUGCCAGAGGUGGUGUCUCCUGUUCUGCUUUCAGUUUCCUUGGAAUGGGUUGUUUAAAUUCCUGUUAUUCCAUUCAAAGUCUGUCAGGUUGCAGUGCUGGGAUCCAUGCCAAGAAUUUACCAAAAGUAUGGUCAGCAGUGAAGGAUGAAAGGCAGAUUUAUGAUUGAGUGAUUUGGCAAAAAUCAGUAACCUUAAAAAUGAUUAGUCAGAAUGCAGCAGAAAAAUUUAUGCACCCUUGUAUGAAAAUUGGCGUACAAGCAACAGAAAAACACAACCUCAGAGACUAGUCAGAACUUGCUUAUCUCGCUGUCUGCUUUCUGCAUCGGUGAUGCAUCCCAAUAGAGAAAGUAGGCAUCUCCUCAGCCUGUAUCUAUUUGUAGGCAAAGAGCAUAAAAAAACUAAACUUGGCAUUUGAGUCUGUGAAGAAUCUACUAAUAGAUGGCCAGAGUUUGAUAUUAGUGCAGAUCUUCUCUCCAGUCAACCCAUGAGCCAAAUAGUGUCUGCACAAAAAUAAAUGGAGACAAGGACCUUCAUUAAUUGGCUUAGCCGACCAGUAUAACAGCAAUCUAUAUAGGACUAAAUGAGCCGACACAUUCAGAGAACCAACUUUUUGUUUAUGUAUAUUCCUUUUUUUUAAUUUUAUCUUUUGUUUUUUUUCUUUGUGUUUCUGUUCUAUUUAUAGAAAUUGCCAGCUUGUCUGUCGUGGUUCUAAGGAAACACAGUGUUUGCUCAGGGCUAUGCAGUCAAACACGCAGUCGGGUAGUAGUGCCGGCUCUCAUAAUUGCUGAUAAUUUACUGUUGUGCAUUGCAUUUAGUAAAAGCAGGUUCUACUGUGCAUCUAAUGCUUCCACAGAAAAAAAAAUGAAAGAAAGAUUCGUGUCUGUUGCUCUUUUCUGCCCUCUCAAAAACAGACCAACAUAAUGAUGAUGAUUAUGACGGGAGUGCGUUUGUGUGAUUAUACAGCAAAUGCCCAAAUUACCAUGCUUCAGUUAAUCAUGUGUGACACUGUCUCUGUUUUCAUAGUAAAUGCAAAUAAAUUACCCUGCUUGGCAGGGCAUUUAAUAAUA